GUACUACCAACUCUCUGCAUGUGUAGUUAUACUUCUGUAUUCUUCUUCUGUUUCAUGGGAAUAACACCGAAGCAUUAUGGGAGUACCGUUGUUGACGGCGCCUAGGACCUGGGACAGGGUUUGUAAAGUUUGUGAGGCGUGAAGGCAGAGGGAGCGGACCGGACCGGACCAGAGCUGAGCUGAGGUCAUGGAAGUGGUGAAGAUGGCAGCUUCAGGGUCCAUGCUCCUCACCUUUGGCGUCAUCGUCCUCCUUCAUGUGGCCAAAUGUCAGGAGAGUUUCGUAAAGGGUAAAGACAGCUCGCCACUGAGGUUCACGCACCACCUCUACAACACCACCAUCAAUGAGAACUCGGCCCCCCGGACGUACGUGGACACGCCAGUGAAGAUGGGCAUCGAAAUGACCGAUCCGCUCUGGGAAAUCAGAUAUAACAUUGUCUCAGGCGACGACGAUGAGAUUUUCCAGGCAGAAGCGUUCAAAGUUGGGGAUUUCGUGUUUCUCAGGAUCAAAACGCGCAGCAGUAACUCGGCGCUGCUCAACAGGGAAGUCAGAGACUCCUACACCCUCACCAUGGAGGCGAGAGAAAGCACCUCGGACUUCCAGACCAAGACUAAGGUGCUGGUCCAGGUGCUCGACACUAACGACCUCAAGCCGCUUUUCUAUCCGGCCUCAUACAACGUGGCCAUCAGGGAGGACCUGCCGCUCCAGUCCUCCGUGGUCAGAGUCAGUGCUACCGAUGCUGACCUCGGGAGCAACGCUGACUUUUAUUACUCUUUCACCAGCAGAGCUCAUCCUUUUGUCGUCGACCCCUUCACGGGCACCGUCAGCCUCUUCAAAAAGCUAAAUCACACCCGGACGGACAGGUAUGACCUCACCGUAUUAGCCGAGGACAGGACCAAGAAGAUAUCUGGGGUUCAGAAGUUUGGAAAUGUCGCCAAGGUCACUGUGAAUGUACAGAAGACGUCAAAGGCCUCUCCGGUUAUCACACUGACCACUAAGCCCACGUUCUCCACAGAUGGGAAAAUAAGCAUCGAUGUCCAUGUGGAAGAAGGAGUUAAGCCAGUAGAGUCCCUUAACAUAGUCGGAGGAGAUCCCCGCAAGUGUUUUGAGAUAAUCCCUUUAGGUGUGAGGGGCAAUGACUUCCAGGUGGUCUCAACAAAGAAGAUUAUCUGGUCUCAGUCUCCUUUUGGGAUGAAUUUGUCCCUCCAAGCAAAAGACAGGAGCUUCCCCAGUUUAUUGUCUGCAGUUACAAGGAUCCACAUCCCUGCGUAUCACUACACCCCACUGGCAUUUCUAGAGGACACUUACAUUGUCACACUGAGUGAGUUUUCUCCUCCUAAAACUCAUGUUGUCAAAGUGUCAGUCACUGCUGUUACCUAUAACGUUACAUUUAGUAUCAAAAAUAAUCCAGAUACAACAAAAUUCAAGAUAAACCCCAAAACGGGGAUUAUCGUCACUACAGAGAGGUUUGAUUUUGAGAGAAAGGAACGCUAUGAGUUCGAAGUAAUUGCCAAUCACGGUGAAGCUGAGACUCACAUCGUGGUCGAAAUAACAGAUGAAAAUGACAACAGUCCACAGUUCGCCCAGAACUCCUACCAGGCCACGCUCGAUGAAAACACUCCUGUUGGCAGCAGCGUUUUAAAGGUGUCAGCCUUCGACAACGACAAAGGCAGGAAUGGAUUUGUAACAUACGCCAUUGCCAACUCGGGACCGCUGCCGUUUUCCAUAGACCCGUUUACAGGCGUGAUCUCCACCGCCGAACACCUGGACUAUGAGCUGGUGAAGCGCCAGUACCACCUCCGGAUCUGGGCCUCUGAUAGCGGGAGCCCCUUCAGUCAGGUCAGCGAAUGCCCUGUGACCAUUACCCUCAACAACGUCAACGACAACGUCCCACUGUUUCAGAGGGUGGGCUGUAACGCCACCAUACCUUUAGACCUACCCAUCGGUCACACCAUCGCUGAGCUGUCAGCCAUCGAUGUAGAUGAGCUGCAGCAGCUGAAGUACAUCAUUGAAUCAGGAAAUGAGCUCCAAGUGUUCGCGAUUGACUCGUUUUCAGGAGCGAUCACCUUGAACCAACAAAUCCCCAUUCAUGCCAGUGCUUUUGAUUUGAAGGUAGUUGCCACAGACGGCAAACACUACUCAGAGGUUUCGAUUGUCAGGGUAACCGUCACCAACAGAGGUGAUGAUGCAACGCUGCGCUGCCAUGAAACGGGUAUCCUCAAACAGCUGGCAAAUAAACUCAUACAAUCCAUCAAACCUGGGUUAACCAGUCAGGAGGAAGAUACGUUUUCUGAUAAACACAUCACUAACCAACACUCACCCAGGUUUGACCUGAGCAUCCCAGGUUCCAUCGACCUGGCAGAGGAUUUUCCACUGAAUUCCACCAUUAUCCGUUUUAAAGCAGCAGAUGGAGACACUGGGUUCAACAGUAAACUGGUCUACGCCAUAACCAGCGGGAAUGAGGAUGGAUGUUUCUCCAUCGACACGUUCUCAGGUGAACUUCAGUUAGUUUGUCCUUUAGACCGGGAGGUUAAAGAGUUCUACAUCUUAAAUAUCACCGUCUACGAUCUGGGAACGCCGCAGACGUCUGCAUGGAAGUUCAUCGCAGUCAAUGUCAUCGACGUCAAUGACAAUCCUCCGGUGUUUAAGCAGCCCAGAUACGUGAUACGUGUUCCUGAAAACAUUGAACUGGACUCUGUUAUUUUUACAGCUCGAGCUGCAGAUCCAGACGCAGAAACAAACGGUAACAUCCAGUACUCCCUGCUGACGUCUACAGACAUGUUCAGGAUCGAUGAACUGACGGGGGAGGUGGCGGUGACGACCCGCUUGGAUCGAGAAACCUCACCCAGAUAUGAUCUCCGAAUCGAAGCCAGAGAUCAGGCCAAGCUCAGCCCUCAGAUGUUCUCCACCGUUGACCUGGUGGUCGUUUUACAAGACAUAAACGAUAACCCGCCCAAAUUUGUACCCAAGGUCUACAAAGUAAAAGUUCCUGAGGAUGUUCCUGUAGGAACUCUCCUGGUGUGGGUGGAGAGUGUCGACCUAGACCUGGGUAGUGGAGGCCUUGUUACCUACAAUCUGAAGAAUACCCAGAGUGGGACCUUCCACCUGGACUCCUCCACGGGCGCUUUGAUCCUGGAGAGGGAGCUGGACUUUGAGCGGCAGCCAUUGUACAACCUGACGGUCCGAGCCGUGGACCACGGACACCCUCGGUCCCUGUCGUCCUCCUGCUUCGUUGAAAUUGAGGUCCUGGAUGUGAACGAGAACCUCCACCAGCCGAUGUUCUCUGAGUUUGUGUACGAGGCAGCUGUGAUGGAGGACGCCGCCGUGGGGACACCGGUGAUCACGCUCACAGCUUCAGACAAGGAUCGGGACAAAGAUGGAGUCGUUCGGUUCCACAUACAUGACGGCUCUGGAUUAGGAGUGUUCACCAUUGAUGAGAAAACAGGUGUGAUUCAGACGGCGGAGGCCUUGGACCGUGAGACACUGCCUCACUACUGGCUGUCGGUCUACGUCACCGACCUGGGCACCGAGCCCCUGGUCUCCUGGACUCACGUCUUCCUGGAGGUCCUGGACAUCAACGACAACGCCCCCGAGCUGUCGCAGCCCGUCUACUUUGCGUCCGUCCAGGAGAACGUGGCCCAGGUCAAGUCUGUCCUCCAGGUGUCAGCGUCCGACAGAGACACGUCGUCCGAGGGGAAACUGUCCUUCCAGAUGAUGGAGGCGCAUCGGACCUACUUCGACGUAGACCCCAAGACAGGUGUUAUCAGGACUCUGUCGGCCUUGGAUCGGGAGGAUAAACCUGAGCACAGCAUCGAGAUCGUGGUCUCUGAUAAUGGGACUCCGCCCCUUCGCUCCACUGCCACUGUUGUGAUCCGAGUCCUGGACGACAACGACAACCGGCCCAAGUUUACCGACAAACUCUUCCACGUCAAGCUGCCCGAGCAGCGGCGCCGUGACAGGAAACGGGAGGUCUGCCGGAUGUUCGCCCGCGACGACGACGAGGGCGCCAACGCUGCGGUGACCUAUGACCUUCAGGGCGACCCCGACCCACGGUUCGAGAUCGACCCAGUGACGGGGACGGUGACGGCACACGGAGACUUCUGGCCCGGGAACUACACCAUCCUGACGAUUAAAGCCACAGACCACGGCGUCCCCCCGCGCUCGUCCACGUCCCGCCUCGACAUCGAGUGGAUCGCCGUCCCGCCGCGCGUCUCCGAACCCAUCACAUUUGACGAGCCCCACUUCACCUUUGCUGUCAUGGAAACGGAGCCCGUCACUCACAUGGUGGGCAUCAUCAUGACGGAGGCCAUGCGCCAGUGGUGGUUCGACAUCGUAGGAGGAGACCAGGACCAGGACUUUGACAUCCAGAGAAAUUCUGGGACCAUCUCCAUCGCACGACGUCUGGACGCCGCUCGCAAAUCCAACUACAACCUGACAGUGAGGGUCAGCGACGGACAUGACAGCGCCACCACGCAGGCCUACAUCCGAGUCCUGGACAUGAACGAACACCGUCCAGUUUUCCUGAAGUCACUGUAUGAGGUGAGGGUCCCAGAGGACACGUCUCCGUGGAAGGACGUCCUUCAGAUCAGCGCCCAGGACGCAGACACCAACAGUAACCUGCUGUACUCAGUCCACAGCAGCCUCCAUCCCCAGAGCUCCACCUUCUUCCACCUGGACCCCAAGAGCGGCGUCCUGGUCCUGACGGAGGAGCUGGACUACGAGACCAUCUCUGUGCACACGCUUAUCGUCAUGGUACGAGACCAGGAGAUCCCCAUCAAGAGGAACUUUGUGAAGGUAGUGGUCCAGGUGGAGGACUGUAACGACCACUCCCCGGUGUUCCUGAGUCCCCGGUAUCAGGUCAACAUGUCCAACCAGGCCCCCCCCGGCACCGAGGUGGUGCGGGUCAAAGCCCUGGACAAAGACGUGGGCGGCAACGCAGAGAUCAGCUACUCCCUGCACUCAGGGAACAUUGACCACAUCUUCACCAUCGACCCAGUUCUGGGCUCCAUCACUGUGUCCAAACCUCUGGACCUACAGCCUCAGGACCAGUUCCAUCUGACCGUCAAGGCCACAGAUCAGGGUUUUCCUCAGCGCAGUGACCUCUGCUCUGUUCACGUCCAUGUCCAUGUCUCUGACCACACCCCUCCGUCUUUUCCCUCCAACGACUACCUGACGGAGAUCAGCGAGUCCAGCGCCAUCGGGUCUCCGGUGGUCACCGUGGCGGCCUCCAGCCCGGCAGCUGUGCACUACGCCAUUGAGAGCGGCGACGUGAACGGGACCUUCCACAUCAACCCUUACACUGGACUGAUUUCAACCCGAAAGCACCUGGACUUUGAGAACUGCACCUCCUAUAAACUCAAAGUCACCGCCUCUACGGCGGCCGGAGCUUCGUCCACGGCGGUCGUUUACGUCUACGUGAUCGACGAGAACGACAACGCUCCGGUUUUUCAGCAGCAGGACUAUGUCGGACAGAUCAGCGAGGCGGCGAGCGUCAACAGCAUGGUGAUGGGAGAAAGAAACACGCCACUGGUGGUCCAGGCUUCAGACGCAGACAGAGACUCCAACUCUCUGCUGGUUUAUCAGAUCCUGGACCCAGACGCCCUGGAGGUCUUCAAAAUCGACUCCAGUAUGGGCACUAUAUCUUUAAUCUCUCCGGUUGACUUUGAAACCAAGGCCGAGUACCACUUCACCGUGCAGGUUAAGGACUCAGGGGAGCCUUCGCUGUACGCAUCCGAGCCCGCCAAGGUCACCGUUCGCAUCCUGGACCUGAAUGACUGCCCGCCACAUUUCACGUCUGUGGUGUACAAGCCAUCCAUCAUGGUCCCACCUGUCAGAGACGCAGAGGUGGUGCGUGUCGUGGCCCGUGACGCCGAUUCGUCUGUGUCCUACAGCAUCGCCGAGGGGAAUCUGCACAACGCCUUUUCAAUUCACCCUGAUACCGGACUCAUCACUGUGAGCAAUGUGUCUGAGUUUCAGCAGUUUUAUGAACUGACGGUGAGAGCGUCUGACGGUUUGUACAAAGACUCUGCUGUCGUUAAGGUCAACGUAACUAACGUAACGGAGACCGACCUCAGGUUUGAGCACAGAGUGUAUUCAGCGAGCGUUACUGAAAACCAACACACAGUUAAAACUCUGGCAGCACUCAAAGCCUCCGGCUGCUUCUUAAACGAGCCUCUUUUAUUUUCUGUGAUGAAUCCAAUGGGACGGUUUUCAGUAUUACAGACGUCAGGGGUGUUCGAAACCACAGGAAUCUCAUUUGACCGAGAAGAACAAGAUGUGUACGACGUGGUGUUGAAGGUUGAAGACCUGAGGACGCCGCCUCGGACCGCCACAACCCUUGUUAAAGUUUACAUUGAUGACGUCAACGACAAUUCACCGCAGUUUCUAAAUUUACCUUUUUCGAUGAUGAUUUCUGAAGACUCGGAGCCCGGAGAUGUUUUGUAUCAAGCGACUGCUAUCGAUAGAGAUCUGGGAGAAAACGGAUCCGUCAUGUACUCGCUGGAGGAAGACUAUGACCUGUUCAGGAUCGACCCAGAUGUAGGUGACGUUUCCCUCCAGAGGCCUCUGGACUUCGAGGCCCUGAAUAAGUACGUGUUGACGGUCGUGGCUGUCGAUGAAGGCGAGCCCAGUCUCAGCACCGCCGCUCAGCUCAGUAUUCAAGUGAGAAAUCGAACCAACCCCAUUUUCCAGACUCUUCUGUACCCGCUCAAAGUCCCUGAGAAUGUCCCCCCGUUCACCACCAUCCUCCACGUUCAGGCCAGAAACCCAGAGGGCUAUCGACUCAUCUACAACCUGCAGGAGGAGAACGCCUCCAAGCACUUCCACAUCGACUUCAAAACGGGUGUGUUGACUGUCAUCAACCCCCUGGACUACGAGGACCAGACCAUGCAUGUGUUGACGGUUCGGGCCACUGACUCCGUAACCGGAGCAUUCUCCGAGGCCACAAUCGAGGUAGAGGUCGAGGACGUGAACGAUAAUGCACCGGUUUUCUCCAAGUUAACAUAUGCUGUGAACAUCGAUGAGGGGCUGCCGGUCGGAACCUCUGUGAUCCAACUCUCAGCCUCAGAUAAAGACUCUGGAAGAAAUAAGGAUCUGACCUUCCACUUGGUAAAAACUGACGGGAAUGAGACAGACUUCUUCGAUAUAGAUCAUCGGACUGGGUUGAUCAUCACGAAACAGGUUCUGGACCAUGAAGACACAAAGCACUUUAAUCUAAAGGUCAAAGCCACUGACAAUGGUACCGUCACUCACAGCAGCGAAGCCUUCGUCCUUGUAAACGUCACAGACGUCAACGACAACCCGCCUGAUUUCGUCAGCUCUCAAUACGAAGCCACGUUGGACGAAAUGGCAAAAUGCGGACACAUAGUCAUUAAAAUCCAAGCUUCAGAUCCGGACGACGCAGACCUGAACAACCUUAAGUAUAAAAUCCUGUCAGGGAACGAGGGCCGGUACUUCAACAUCAACGAAUCCUCUGGAAUCAUCUCCUUUUCUAAUGUCUGUAAAAGGAACUUGGAUCCCUACUACAACCUGACGGUGGCCGUGUCCGAUGGCGUGUUUCAGAAAACGGCGCCUGUAAAUAUUGACAUGAUCAAUAGCAACAGACACAGUCCGUACUUCAAACAGAGCAUCUACGAGGCGGAGCUGGCUGAAAAUGCAGAGGCCGGGACCCGCGUGAUCCGACUGGCUGCCAUCGACCCCGACGAUGGGCCAUACGGCAGCGUCGACUACACCAUCAUCAAUAAAUUUGCAGACGAGAAGUUUGCAAUUGAUAACAACGGGCAGAUUAUCACGACGCAGCCGUUGGACAGAGAGAACCCAAGUCAGAGGGUCAUCACCAUUAAAGUGAUGGCAAAAGACGGAGGAGGGAAAGUGGCUUUUUGUACCGUCAGGAUUAUCCUCACGGAUGAAAACGACAAUGUACCUCAGUUCAAAGCCACAGAAUACCACGUGUCCAUUCAGUCGACGGUGAAUAAAGGCUCCCCGGUCAUUCAGAUCAUGGCGUAUGACGCUGACGACGGUAAAAACGCAGACGUCACCUACACGGUGGACGAAUCCGAGGAGGUGACAGAGGACAUCAUCGAGAUCAACCCGUUCACAGGAGUCGUGAGCGUCAAAGAGAGUCUGGUCGGGAUGGAAAACAAGAUCCUCAACUUCAAAGUGAAAGCUCGCGACGGCAGCCUCCCCUUCUACAACUCCACCGUCCCUGUCCAGCUCAAAGUGGUUCCUCCAGAGGUUCCUCUUCCAAAGUUCUCCGAGCCCCUCUACACCUUCUCUGCCGCGGAGGACGUUCCUGUGGGUUCGGAGAUCGGCUCAGUCAGGGCCGAUUCGGACACGCCACUCAUUUACAGCCUGGUCAAUGGAAACACGGUGGAGAGCAACAAAGACAAAGUGUUCAGUCUGGACAAAGAGAGCGGGACGCUGCUGCUGCAGAAGACCAUCGACCACGAGAAGACCAAGUGGUACCAGAUCGACGUCAUUGCCCAGGGGAACCACAAUGGGACCGACGUGGCGUCGCUGGUGUCCGUCAGCAUCCAGGUCCAGGACGUCAACGACAACGAGCCGGUAUUCGACGCAAACCCAUACAGGGCGUUUCUGGCUGAGAACAUGCCUCCAGGAACCACGGUCAUCCAGGUAACGGCCAACGACCCCGACACAGACACCAACGGUCUGGUGACCUACAGUUUGGAGUCGUUGCCCUCCGCCGCCGCCGACAUCACAGAGGUGUUCUCCAUUGACGGCGACAGCGGCUGGAUCACCACGGUCCGGGAGGCGGACUGCGAGGCCACACGGGUCUACAGGUUCAGCGUGGUGGCGACGGACCACGGCGGAGACGUCAAGCUGUCGUCCAGCGUCCUGGUGGAGGUGACGGUCACCGACGACAACGACAACGCCCCCCAGUUCUCCGAGGAGGUUUACCGCGGCUCGGUGGUGGAGAGCAGCAGUCCGGGGGAGGUGAUCGUCUCCAUGACAACCACGGACGCCGACGUGUCCCUGGAGAACCGCCUGGUGACGUGUUACAUCACAGAUGGAGACCCUCUGGGCCAGUUCGCCAUCAUCCAGGAGGACGAGGGCGAGUGGGGUCUGAUCGUCAAAGAGCCCCUGGACCGAGAGGCCAAGGACCGCUACACCCUGAGGGUCACGGCCACCGACGGAAAGUUCCAGGCCCCGGUGACGGUGGAGGUCCACGUGUUGGACAUCAAUGACAACAGUCCUGUGUGUGAGCAGCUGGUCUACACUGAGGUGCUGAUGGAGAACUCUCCCUCCAGUAUGUUCGUACUCAAAGUCUCCGCCUCUGACCCCGACGUGGGCGCCAACGGACAGAUCUCCUACACCCUCCACGGCCCCGACGCAGACAAGUUCCACCUGGACCACCGCACAGGUGAGCUCUUCACUCUGGCCAUCCUGGACCGGGAGAGGGAGGCGGAGUACAUCCUGGUUGCCAAGGCGACGGAUGGCGGGGGGCGGUCCUGUCAGGCCGACAUCUUGCUGAUGAUCCAGGACAUGAAUGACAACCCGCCUCGCUUCUCAUCCAGUCACUACGAGGUGACGGUGUUCGACAACACCACGGUGCGCACGCCCGUCGCCGUCAUCUAUGCCAAGGACCCCGACACCGGUAUAAACUCAGAGGUGAAGUACUCCCUUCUGGCCGGAGACGGUGGAUACUUCUCUCUGGAUGAGUUCUCGGGGAUCCUGCGUCUGGAGCGACCUCUGACCCCUGAGACCCCACCCACCUUUGAGCUGAAGGUGAAGGCGACGGACCGCGGCCUGCCUCGUCACCUCUACUCCGUUGCCACAGUGACGGUGGACGUGGUCUCUCUGGACGACUACCAGCCCGUCUUCCUGAGCUCUGAGUACACCGCCCAGCUCCCAGAAUCCUCGGCGGUGGGGACGGAGGUUCUGAGCGUGUCCGCUCUGAGUCGAGACGGAGGAGGACCCGACCCUGUUCUGUACCGCAUCAUAUCAGGAAACGACGACCGGAGGUUCCAGCUGGACUCGAGGACAGGUCUUCUGACCCUCGUGGCUCCGUUGGAUUUCGAAGUCACCCGUGAAUACUACCUGUCGGUGGAGGGGAGUCGGGGGAAGUCGACGCUCACCGACAUCACCACGGUCAUCGUCAACGUGACCGACGUCAACGACAAUGCGCCGGCGUUCGGCCAAGGCGACUACAGCGCUGAGGUGUCGGAGGACCUGACCCCCGGGAGUCUGGUGAUGAAGGUCUCCGCCUCUGACCGGGACGGGCCAAUCAACAGCCUGCUGCGUUAUUCCAUCGUCAGCGGAGACGGACGUCAGCAGUUCCACAUCCACCCACGGUCCGGAGAAAUCAGCAUCCGCACAGCGCUGGACCGGGAGGAGGUCCCUCAUUACUCCCUGACGGUCCAGGCAGCAGAUGAAGGCGACCCCCCGCUGUCGUCCGCCGUCCUCGUCACCGUCAGUGUCACCGACGUCAACGACAACCCUCCGGUGUUCUCCCAGAUCAGCCACACCCUGACCCUACAGGAAGGGGAGUCGGUUGGCAGUGGCGUCCUCCAGCUCGUGGUGUCAGACAAGGACACGCCCAAAAACGGGCCGCCGUUCUCCUUCCACAUUGUCAGCGGUAACGAAGAUCGGCGUUUCCAUGUUGACCAGGGCGGUCUCCUGUCACUGUCGGCACCGCUCAGGAAGAAGCAAAAAGACCAGCAUCAGCUCAAGAUACAGGUGACGGACAGCGGCCUUCCUCCUCUCUCCUCCAUCUGCGUGGUCAACAUCAACGUGACGGAGCAGAGUAAGUAUCCUCCGUCCGUGGUCCCCUUGGAGGUCUUCAUCACCACCACUGGGGACCUGUUUGCGAACCGGGUCAUCGGUAAACUCCACGCCUCGGACCAGGACCUACAGGACAUCUUGACCUACAAACUGGUCUCUGAAAACCCGGACCGGGGCAGGUUCUCCAUAGACCUGGCGGACGGAAAGAUCUGGGCCGACGAGAAGCUGGACCAGGGCUCGUACUCGCUGAACGUGAGCGUGACGGACGGGAAGUUCAGCGUGUGGACGGGGGUCAAAGUGCACGUGUGGGCGGCGGACCAGAGGGCGCUGGACUCAGGCCUGACGCUGCAGCUGGUGGGGCUGUCUGCGGAGGAGUUCCUGGGGGACCACUGGAGGGGCCUCCAGCGCAGCCUGAGCCAGGCCCUAGACCUGCCCCGACAGGACCUGCACCUGGCCAGCCUGCAGAGGCUCCCGGGGGCCCAGGUCCUGGAGGCCCUGCUGGUCUGGAGGCCCCAGAAGCAUCCGGUCCAGCCUCUGCCCACCAGCAGGAUGGCAGGUAUCAUGGCGGACCUGGAGGACUCUCUAGGUCUCAGUAUCCUGAGGGUGAGUCAUAACGGGUGUCUGGGACCGGGCUGUCCACCACGAGGCUGCAGGAACGCCGUCCGCCUGACGGGGGACACGCUGAGUCACUUCACCACCGCCAGAGCCGGAUACAUCACCCCCCAACACCGCUGGGAGAGUGUGUGCCCCUGCAACGAGUCAGCUGUUCGCUUUGAUGGGAAAUCCUACCUGAAGUUCCUCCACCGUCUGGACGAGGACACCCAGGACUUCAAAGUGUCCCUCAGCUUCAGGACUUUCCAGGGAGACGGACUCCUCAUGUUGUCCAACGGCUCCUCAGACUGGGGACGUCUGCAGCUGACCGGCGCUGAGCUCCAGUUCUGGUUCCGUUGUGGUGACUCCGGUCCCGGUUCCGUCCUGAUGCGGUCCGAGUCUCUAUCUGACGGCGUCUGGCACCGGGUUCAUCUGGAGGUCAACUCCUCGGUGGUGACACUGACCCUGGACCAGGAGCGCCCAGCGUCCACCGUCCUCUCUGAGCCGUGUCGGAUGAUGCGUUCCCACGGCGCCCUGCUGUUCGCCGCCAUGAGCCCAGACCCCGCCCCCAACACCCAUGGGACCCCACCCAGUUUUGCUGGCUGCAUGGAGGCCCUGGAGCUCAAUGGAGAGCCAAUCAGCGUCUCUGAUGUGGGGGAAUGGGCGGGGCCGGGCAGCAGGCGGGUGUUCGGGGUGUAUCAGUGCUGUGGAGGCGGAGCCUGUACCAGGAACACCUGCAUGAACGGAGGCACCUGUGAGGAGGACGCCAGCGGAGAGCCACGGUGCCGCUGUUCCGGACUCUUCCACGGCGUCCGCUGUGAACUGACCGAUAACCCGUGUGCGUCUCAUCCGUGUACGUUGGGUCGGGUGUGCGUCCCCAAAGCCCAGGGCUACCUGUGCAACUGCACCGAGGACGACGCCCACACCAGGUGUCAUGGUUGUUCACCGAACUCGUGUCCUGACAGUUUCGACUGUAAAGUUUCUGAUGGUUCCAUCCACUGUGACCCUCUGCCUGUGGUCCGUCCUUCUGUCGGUUUCAUGGAGAUCCUGGAGAUCAGCGUCAGCGUGGUGGGGCUGCUCUUCUUAGUCGCCAUCUUUGUUUGUGUUCGUAAACGUUACGUUCAACAUAAGAAGAAGAAGCCGAUGUGUGUCCAGGACUCCAACGGUUAUUUUCAGCCCAGUUUGGCCAAAAGCCUGAAGGCCGACGCCCACGACCUCAACCCCAUUGAGAUGAGCUCGCUGGUCGACCCCGCCUCCAACGACCUGGACCACACCCCCUUCCGGUCCCUCCGCCCCCGCAGCCAGAUCGGCUCCGGAGGGGGGGGGGCCUCGUCCAAGCCCACGGGGCCCGUGGUCUGCAGCGUGGCCCCCAACCUUCCGACCAGACCCCCGUCCUGCUCCGACAACGAUUCCAUCAGGAAGAACCAGUGGGACAUGGACUACGAAGUGUACCCGGCUGACCCGGACUACUACGGCCGUCCGUCUGUCCAGGAGUUCCCCCAGUUCGACAUCGUGGAGGACACCUACUCCACGUCCACCAUGGACUCUCGCAGGAACUCGCGGUUCGGCGGGUUCCCGUUCCCUCUGGACCGCUGCGACCGCCGCGCCCCGCUGCCGCCCUGUUACAGUAACCAGAACCUGGACGACUUCCUGGGUCCGGACGGGCUGCCGUUGCCUAGCGCCCAGUGUCCCAACGAGUACACGGCCAUCAGCUACUACCCGACGGCGCACACCCGCAGCCUGGACAACGUGUCGGCCGGAUACAAGCGGCUGAGCAUGCGCCUCAGCGUGGCCAUGCCCUCCUACGCAGAGCAGCCCAGUCCGCCGCCGCCGCCACCGCCGGGCCACGGCCAGAACCAGAACCCGGCCCAGCCUCAGACCAGAACCGGGGGGGCGCCGAACCCCCGCAGCUUCGACGGGUCCAGUAUGGUGGAGAGUGACUACGGCAGCUGUGAGGAGGUGAUGUUCUGAAGAGUCCAGGUCCUGCACGGUCCACGGGUUUGGGUUCUGAACCAACAAUCAAACUCUAACUCAGAUGAGUCGGGUCCAUUCGGGACCUGGUUCUGAAGUUCAAAAGUUCAGCUGAGGAUCAAGAAAUCAGUAUUAAGUCCACGUCCGAUAGAUGUGACAGAACCUGCUCCUCAGGAGAAGAAGCUGCACUGACGGUGUGUAUGAGUGAAUGAGUGAGUCCAACGAACCCCAGAACCAGAACCAGAACUUUAACACAGCUGCGGCUCCUCAGACGGAUCCAGAUGGUGAACAUUUGGGUUCUUUCUCCACGUGUUGCCCUAAAUAUUUCAGGAUUAAUUCCUCCUGAGAACAUCUGAGAGUCCGAUUUAAUCCACGACACAGAAGAGUCGUUCUGUCCUCAUGACCUUCACCAAUGUUCAGACAGAACCAGUAGAACCACCAGAACCACUAGAACCACCAGCACCAUUAGAACCACCAGAACCAUUAGAACCACCAGAACCAGUAGAACUGCUAGAACCACUAGAGCCAGUAGAACCAGUGAUGGACAAAUGAACCGGUCUGUGUUCUAUGACAAUCUGUUAAAGAUUGAAAAAUGUUCGUAUUCACAUUCAGACAAACUUUGGUUUAAAUUCAUCUGAUCUGAAAACACUGUAGAGCCAGGAUCUCAGAGGUUCUCGGUGUCUCUGAUGGUUCUCGAUCCCUCAGAGGUUUUCUGUAUCUUGGAGGUUCUUGGUCCCUCAGAGGUUCUCGGUAACUCUGAUGGUUCUUGGUCCCUCAGAGGUUCUGGGUAACUCUGAUGGUUCUCCUCUAACCUGGUUCAAUAAUCUUUGGUUCUGGUUCUGUUUGCGCCGGGUUCUUCUAAUCUGACUCAGUAAAAUCCGUCUCGUCUGUUGAUACCGUUGUAGUUUUAUGGCAGACCAUUGGCGGUUGUGGUGGUUCUGGUGGGUUCUGGUGGGUUCUGGUUGGUUCUGGUGCGGGUGCAGACGGACCUUAAAGGCAUCAGCGCCUCCGUUACCAUGGUGACCGUAGUUGAAGGGGCUGGACCCUCAACAGUAGAUCGGACCCAUCAGGUCCAGUGUCGUCGUGAAGUCCACGUGUUCUUCGUGUAUUUGUGUGGAUUCUGUUUGAACUCCGACAGUGUUUUUAUCGGUUUGUUUCCGACCUCGACUUCAAAGGGAAACUGAACGGCGCCGAAGACCCUCCUGGGCGUCCGAUGUAAAUGGACCGGACCCCGGUGCCGGUCCGACGUGUUGUGGCUGGAGCCGGCUGUGCAGUAUUGUGUGUGUUUUAAAGUGAAUGUGUUCUGCUGUCUGUGUGUUGAUGUUCCUUCAGAUGAACUUUGACCCUUAAACGUCCACAAACGUUGCACUUCAUUCACAGCUGACUUUAGUUGAAUUAGUUUAGCUCUGGUGGAACCGGUUCAGUCGGACCAGAACCUAAAGAACACGUCAACAAACAUUAAAUGGAAACAUGUGACCAGUUUGGAUCCAAACUCUCGUCCUCAGACAUGAUUAUUAUGGUCUGUAGAUGUUCAUCCUGUUCUGUUGUACAUAGUGUGAGUGAAAACCUGCAGAUACUGAAUGUACCUGAACGCAUCGUUGGUUUAUAUUCAUUUCAUUCAUAAAGUUUAUUUUUGUAUCAAUAUUUUACUGUCGUUUUUCUGUGAAAGAUUUUACUAAGAAUUGUUCGUUAAUCAUGUGUUUUUCAGUAUUGUAAAGAAAAUAUAAAUAAAGAUAUUAUCUUGUAUGAGCUGAU